UUGUGCGUUUGCGAUGCGGUACUUCUAAAAAUUUCCACUUUGAAACUUUAGCCGAGACAGGACAGUUAACCCACCGCUCGCUACAGCAAUCAGUGCCCCGUAUUCAUUCAUUUAUUAAAGAUGCACAAGAAAGUUGUAUUCUACCCAGGUAAAACCUGUGUGGUGUUCCGCAAGGGGCCACUCGGAUACCUCCUCCAAGACCCGUCAGAUGAAGCUCGGCGGAUAAAAGACAACACCAAACUUCAGAACAAGUCUGUACCAAUGAGGGAGGACCUGGUACAUCAGAAUGCUCUGACUGUGGUCCGUCACAGAGGAGGGGAUGCCUCCGACAGGCGUGAGGUGCAAGGAGAGUACAUCCUGCAGUUUGGAAAAUAUAAAGGAAAAUCUUUCCGGUGGCUUCUGGAAAAUGAUGUUGGGUACACCAUGUAUCUGAUCAAAAGUCUCCAGGAGGAAGAGGCUGCAGGGAUCGCCAUGGCUGAAAGGCAUAGUAAGGAUAGCCUGCAGUCAUUUGUACAGUAUGCCCUCAGUUUUACGGAGAUAAAGUCUCUUCAGGAUUAUGAGGCCAGCAGAGUGAGUGCUGCAGCAGAAGUCUCCUCUGAAGAUGAUCAGCUUGUUGGCUUUGGCUUACGAUCUAAGAGCACAUGGAAGGAGAUUUGGGAUGGCAGAGGUGAUGGCUACGUGGCCUUUAUCAUGGAAAAGAGCUGCAUUCAAGGAACACGGAUGUAUAAGCUGCAGCAGUACUUGCGCAAGAAGCGUCAGUCUGCCUCAGCUAGCACAAGGACCUCCACCAAACCCAUUGGAAUGGAUGAUGACAAAGAGUUGGAGGAGGCAAUGCUGAGUGUCUCACCUGAAAAACUUGAAGCCAACAGCUUUACUGUGCCAGCAGCAGCAGCAGCAGCAGAAGUACCCACACCCAGAGUGCCUUCAGGAGCAAAGACAGCUCCCUCUGCGGCACUGUCCAUACCCCCUUCCGACACAACUACUGAACUUCAAGCAUCAUCAGCUGAUGGUGCAGCCUCAAAAGAUGAGAAGAGCAAGGUUCCUGUGCCUGUACCAAAGGAGCUGUCGUUUCUACUGAAGGAGACCACAGAUCAAACACAAGGGCCUGAGUCAAAUCCAGGGCCCAGCACAAGUGUUGCUUGCACAUCUGUGCGCAAAGUUCUCACUUUUGAAGACAGCAAUGAAGAUGGAGUGGAAAAGGCAGGAUACCACUGGGUGGACAGGGAUUGCUGUGCACCGUUUAAGAUCCCGGACUGCAUCACUGGUGAAAAUCUAGACUGGGAUGCCUGGAAAACCACUCCUGCUAUUAUUGCUGCAGCCACAUCUGGACCACUGGCAAACUCUUGUGCCUCUCGAACAAAUUAUAAUCCAAACAUUGUUGUUAAACUGGACUUGUUCCACUGCCUGAGGCGAUUUUCACGAGAAUGCACCUCUGAGCAUCACCCUCUGAAUCUUGUUAUUCCUAAAACACUUCACAUAAUGAAUACAGUCCAUGCUUUUUGUAUAGGAGUUACAGCUUUUAUCUUUCUAACCUUUCUGUUCUAUUUAUGUUAUAAUAAAUAUGACUGCGUAGGAGAUAAUCCAAACUAUCUGGCGAAGACAGCGCCGCUCCUUAACGAUUGCGGCCGCUGCGGGGCGAAAACCCAGACUCCACCUCAGGGAGGUGGGACCUCCCCGCGUCUCUCAGCCCAGCUCAGCAAAGACAACAGCCCAGCAACCCAGGAAGGAUCACGACAUGUACCCAAGGUGGCCAGAGGGGCUGCUUGUCACCAGAAAUCCCGCCAGAUUUUCCGGCUUCCAGCCGCUCAGACAGGCCUCAGUCCGAAGGCGCCGGCGCUCCUGCAGAGGAGGAGGGGGCAGUGCUUGCAGAGCGAGUACCUGCACAGCCAAGUCUAUGUUUACUAA